AUGGGAAAAGUGUUGUGCGAACUGCUUCCAUCAGACGUUUUUAACAACUCGGACAAGUUUGUGUACAGUCAGAGCCACCAUCACUAUAUUAUCACGGUAAGGAAUUUACUUAAAUAUUAUCUUUUAAACCACAAAUUAAACAAAACAAAACCAAAAAAACAAGAACAAAACUGGGUUUGCAAUAGAAAAUAUUAUGUAUUUCAUUUCUCCAAGGCCUUCUAUCUCAGGUGAAACAUUAUCCUGCACUGUUGCAAUUAUGCAAAAUUUAUAACUUGAAACUAAAUACUGAUUUCUGAAACAACAAUGAAACUCUUGCGACCAUACGCUUCAGUUACUUUGAAAAUGACGAGCCCGAUACGAAAGAGUAAAUAAAAUAAGACACUCUUGUUUUCCCUAGAGGUAUAUUCAAUCAACGGGUAAUCAUAAUCCCUUUUAGAAGCUGAAUAAAGUUCUCUGAAAAACUUCCUUGUGGUUGUUAUAAGGUGUCAUAAAAGUUUUAGCAAAGGUUUUGACGCUUUGAGCGAAUUUCAUAUCAAUAAUAUUUUCCAUAAUGCACUUUGACUACCAAAUAAAUCGGAGGUACUAAAAAGGUGAAUGAAAAUUUUAUUUUAUCUACUGCAAUUCAUUACUUUUCAAUUGAAAACUUUGGCCAAACCAUAAUCCUCCUGAAACACUUGCGAUGGAGUGUCAGUUUGUGUCUUCUUGUUGUUUCACAGUCUCCGUGUAUCAGUUGGCCAUGUCGGAACAAUGGGACAUGCGCGGCACAGUACGAAGACAACAGCUACGUCUGCAUUUGCAAAAAAGGCUUCAAAGGAAAAGAUUGCGAAUUUGGUAAGACACUGUUGAGUUUAUUAACCAAGAGCCCUUCACUAGCCUGCCUGGAAUUAACCCUCUAACUCCCAUCAGUAACCAUGGGAGAAUUCCUCCUUACAAUGUUAAUGCAAUACCAAGCAGACAAGUGCUGAGAAUAUAGAAAAAUAGCGAUUAGAGAAUUUUAGUUGAUCCAAUACCAAAUUCUCCAAACUAACAGAGUGGCAGAGAGUAAGGAGUAUCGCUGAUGAGAUCUUAGAAUUGAAAGGGUUAAGAUUGCACCACAAAGUUAAAAAAAGUGACUAUUUCAUGAUAAGUUUCCCAAAAUAUUUUUCAGAAUGGACUUACUUUUUUUCAUUUCUAGAUAUUGAUGAAUGCGCUGAGGGACUACACACUUGUGACGUUCAUGCUUAUUGUAACAAUACUGCUGGAUCCUAUACAUGUACUUGUAAGCCAACAUACCAUGGUGACGGAGAAAAUUGCAUACUGGGUAAUUACCAUUGACAAUCUUUGAAAAUGAAAGGCAUGUUGUCGCUUUGUCCGAUCAACGGUAGUCUUCGUAUUGACAGCUACUUUUUUAGAAACGAAUUCGACUACAUUUCUGAUUGUGAUAUAAUUUUAAAAGUCAUUCAACGCUCUAAUUCCCACGAGUGACUAAGACAGAAUUUCUCCUUACAAAAUCGAUACAAUGCCAAGAAGACAAGUGAAGAGAAUAUAUAUAUAUCUCAAAUUAUCACAAAAUCGAUACAAUGCCAAGAAGACAAGUGAUGAGUAUAUAUAUAUAUAUAUAUAGAUAGAUAGAUAGAUAGAUAGAUAGAUAGAUAGAUAGAUAGAUAGAUAGAUAGAUAGAUAGAUAGAUAGAUAGAUAGAUAGAUAGAUAGAUAGAUAGAUAGAUAGAUAUAUAUAUAUCUCAAAUUAUCACCACUAAUCGGCGUUACCACCAGCGCCUUUGUUUGGAGGCUUGGCAUAUUAACUCCGCCCACGCUCCUUUAAAUCGUGACGAUGGCGGUUUGCUUCCUGACGCCUAUUUACACCUCUUCAGAAAAAAGGCCGCUAAUUAGUGAUCAUAUAAAAGGACCUCUUGUUGCAGCGUUUAGAUCACCCCUGAUGAAGGCACUAGACAGGAGUGUCGAAACGUUGGGUCUAUGAAUUGUUACUUCUUCGGUUACAUUCAUUAAAUCUGCAAACCAGAGUAGCGUCAAACUAUGUCUGAUGUAUUACAGACUUAAAAGUUUUGUUGCUUUCUUUAAAAAAAAUACAAAUAAAAGAAUUAUUUGCUGGUCCAAUACCAAAUUCUUGGAACUAACAUCAUAAGAAAUGUAUGGUAGAGAGGAAAGAGAAUUACUGAUGAGAAAAGAAAGAAAGAAAAGGUUAAAAGAAAAACGUCAUUAUUAGAGUCAGACAUGGGCUAAAUUGUCAAUUAUGUUACGAAAUUUCAUUCACUGAGACUUUGAUGAUGGAUCAUGGGGUUGAGUCUUCAAUUUCCCCCUCCGUUAUCUGAUGUCAGUAAUUCUAUAAAAAGUACCACGUGUACAAGCCACACUAGAAGCAAAUUUUAUCAGAUUAUGGUCCCUCAGUCAUAGAAUACUGUGAUAGACACAGAGUGUAAAUCGGUGAAGAUAAAAGUCGAGAGAUCAUCAUAUGAUUCUUUUUGCAGGGGCUAAAAACUGCGCAGAGCUUUAUAACGCUGGAAAGAGAAGCAAUGGCGUUUAUUUAAUCGACCCUGAUGGCUCAGGUGACUUUCAAGUUUAUUGUGACCAAACAACCUCUGGCGGGGGUUGGACUGUGUUCCAGAAGAGGUUGGACGGCUCUGUUGACUUCUAUCGCACCUGGGACAGUUACAAAUAUGGCUUUGGUAACACAACUAGCGAGUUUUGGCUCGGACUGGAGUCAAUACGCCGCCUGACUAACAGCGAGGGCUACAAGCUUCGUAUUGAUUUGGAGGAUUUUUCUGGGAAUACUAAGUAUGCCGAGUACACUUGGUUUAAAGUUGAGAGCGAGGGAUCUAAUUACAGUUUAAGAAUCGGAGGCUACUCAGGUAAACUUGCUCCCGGGAUCCGAGAGGAUUUUGGUUGUGUCACGAUGAACCCUCAUUGAGUCAAUAAGCAGUCAGUCAGUUCCCCUCUUAAUAAAACUCUGUUUUGGCGACGACUGGAAGCCAUAUGAUUCUUUCAAUUAUGUUCUACCCCCACCGGCUGUGACACAUGAUCAUCGCUGCCUUAGUUCUCCUUAUCUCAUUUCUAAAAUCGUCACAUCGAAUAGAUAAAUAUAGAUAAAAGCAAUCAGUAAUACUUUUUGACGCCUGAAUGAUUCUCUUUAAUAAUUAUAAUGGCAAUGAACAGUUACAAAUUGAUAAACUUGUGGCCCUCUAAAUUAGAAACUAAACAUGAUGAAUGAAAAAAAAAAAAGUGUUUCAAACCCCAGUUGACAGGAAGGCAGACCAGAAUUGAAUUUGAGGCAAUGAGAAGAAACCCAGUGAGUAGCAGAGUGGCGAGUUUGACCCGGGAACACCAGAUUUCAAAUCCAGUAUCCUAACCACUCGGCCACAAUGCCUCCUCUUAACUGGCUAUCGAUUGAAUGACUAUUUCAUAAACCCCUUUAACAAGUGCUAACAGCGUAAUCACGAUCUUUCGAUGAUAAUAAUUUUGAUUUGAUCAUACAUUUCAGGAACUGCCGGAGACUCGUUUUCGCAACACAAUGGUCGAUCAUUUACAACAAGAGACCGAGACAAUGACUUAAGAGGAGGAGGAGCCAGCUGUGGUGAGCUUUGUAAAGGAGGCUGGUGGUACAUAAAUUGUUGGUGGAGCAAUCUUAAUGGUUAUUACCACCGAGGAACCUACCUAGCAGAAACCAUCUGUGACAAUGGCGUUGGCUGGUCUGCGUGGAAAGGAACUGAUUACUCACUUAAGAGAACUGAAAUGAAGAUACGACCAGUAGGCUUUUAGUUGUCCGUUGGGCCUCCAAGUUUUUCGAGCUAUUUUUGUCGUGAUUAUGGUAUCGAUAAUACGCAGUGAUUUUGGUUGUCGGGGACAACGAAAUUUAUCUGAUUCUCCCCUUCCCCCCUCCCCCCUCCUAAGGCUCUGUAGUAUUUCUUGUAAUCCUCCCUUAUUGGAAGUCAAUGUUCUGUAGUUUCCCCCCUUUUAUAAUCUGUCAACUAAGACUGACCCCUCCCCCUUCCGUUCCUUGAAAACCAUGUAAUCCCCCCAAAGCUCAUCCUUUUCAAGAAAAUUGACCUAUAAUAAGGCAUCCUUAUUGGUCAGUUAGACCAGAGAGGCCUGGUUACUUGUCACCAAAAAACCUUUUGUUGUCCAUAAGAAUGUAAAUGAUAUAGUAAGAUUUGCUUAACAUCGUAGAGUAAUUUUUUGUUUUACUACAUUUGCUACAAGACAAGACACAUACCGGGAAAAGAUUUUAACCCUUCCAAACUGACACAUUGUAGAUAGGGAAAUUUCUUACAGUUAACUUUUUCUUACGAUCAGCUAUAAAAACUUGUCAAUUUUUACCCCUAACAGCUGAUUUGUUUUGCCGUUUUACAGCCAGUAACCUCAUUAUACUGAUACCCUCAUAUUAGCAUUCCUACUGCUUGAUAUAUAAUAACAAGGGCGUAGCCAGGGGAGGUGCCCGUGACCCUCCCCUCCUUUGUGAGCCUUUUUUCUUAGCUAACAACCUUUACUAUUAAGGUGGCGAAAAGCUAGCGAGAACCUUCUAUUGACACAGUGUGAUUCUUGGCUAUACCCCUGUAUGAUAGUAACUGCUAAACUGCAAAUCUGCAAAAGUCACCUUUAUUGAAAACAUAUACAGUUCAGAUUAAGUAUUACAUUAACGUCCAGGGUCAUGAAAUGGACUGAUAAACGUUUUCAGUUUCCUAUCGCUUUUUGAUGCAGUGUACCUAUUUAUCCAACUUUACUUGGCCCUGUCUGUGUUGAUAUAGGUACUUACAUUGGUGUCAGUCUCAUCAUGUUUUGUGUAAAAUUAUGUUACGUAUUAGCAUUGUAGCUGUUUUGGUAAAUUAAAAUAGUAGCUGAUACUGACAUAAAUUCUUGAAAGUUAUAUCUAUCCAGCGAGAUAUCAAUGAACUGUAAAUAACAGGCUCUAAAGCGAAUAAAGUUUGAGGGAUG